CGCAGGCGGCAGUUCCCACGCCUCAUGAUCCGCUGGUCGUCAGAAGGUUCUGAUUUCUGAUCUCCCAAACGCACCAACAGAACCGGCAGCAGGCGCCGGCCGCACUCCCAAUCCCGAUCGAUUCGCUCGCUGGCACCAAAGACCAAUCCGGUGGCACCGGAUGGCGGCGGCGGCGCCUCCGCGGCCGGGCGGCUUCGUGCUGUUUCUGCACGGCUCCGGCGGGUCGGGCGACGAGAGCCGCGCCGAGGUCGCGCCCUACUUCGCCGCGCCGGAGCUCGCCGCCUCCGUCCGCCUCUCCUUCCCCACCGCGCCCACGGCCCCCAUCGCCUGCUACGGAUGCAACCUGCUUUGCUGUUUCGCCUUUUGGAUGCUUUGCAAGGCUCGUGGUGCGGUGAUCACUGCUUGGUUCGGCGUCACGGAGGUUCCUAUAACCGCGAAAACUGUCAGAGAUGAGAAAGAAGUCCUUAAAGCUGUUGAUUAUGUGCAUGCAUUGUUAGACGAAGAAAUAGCUUCCGGAACAAGUCCGUCAGACAUAUUUGUUUGUGGGUUGAGCCAAGGAGGUGCUCUAGCCAUAGCAAGUGUUCUUCUCUACCCAAAAACUUUAGGUGGUUGUGCUGUUUUCAGUGGUUCAGUUCCGCUGAGUAAAUCAUUCGCUGACAAGGUGUCGCCUGAAGCUAGAAAGACACUGGUAUUAUGGUUUCAUGGAAUGGCUGAUGGGCUGGUUCUAUUUGAAGCGGGGCAUGCUGGGUGUGCAUUUUUAGAAGAGCUUGGCAUGACCUGUGAAUUCAAGGCUUAUCCUACCCUUGGACAUUCAAUGAUUGAUGAAGAGCUCCAGUAUUUUCAGCAAUGGAUCCUGAAUCGUCUAGGGAUCUGUGGAGCAACUGAAACUGCAAGGUCAUCAUCGUCAUCUCAGCACAAGGAUCUCCAGUAGCUGCUGUUGCUUGUGAAUGAAUAGUUUAUAUUAAAAUUCAUGGCUGCAUUUUUAGACGGUACAACAUUUCUAAACUGGAAAUUAUUUCACAUACAAAUGCUCAAUGUACAAUUCAUUUACACGACUCUGUAAAGACCACAUGAUUCGAGCAGUUUGGUCCAUAAAUGAGCUACCACUGAAGCGAUUUGAGCCACACGAUCUAUAUAGGUCAUAAAGCAGUUGUACAAUCAGAUUGUGUAGUACUGUUUGUAUGGCUACAUGAACAAUUUUUAUAUGAUUCCAAAUGAAGGAAUCGAAUGCCUUGCGAGUUGUACCGUGAUCCAAUGAAGGUUUAUCAUUGCAGCA